AUGCUUCGUGUUGUCUCCCGUCUCGCUCAGCCGUCCAAACGCGUGACACAACUCGCGGCCAAGUCUUUUACGCGCUACGACAUCCCCAAGACACAAACGGCAAUUAUGUACGAGUCUGAAGGUGCCCCGCUUCAAAUCCGCACCGACUGGCCCGUGGUGCAGCCAAAAGAUCUCAAGCCAGGUGAAAUUCUCGUUCGUAUGGCCUACAGCGGCGUAUGCCACUCAGACGUGAUCAUCUGGGAGGGCGGAGGUGCUCCCGUUGGCAAGAAGAUGCCGCUGGUCGGCGGCCACGAAGGCACGGGCUACGUCGCAGCUAUCGCAGAGAACACGACGACAAAUCUCAAGGUCGGCGACCCUGUCGGCGUCAAGUGGCUGGCACACUCGUGUCUUGGUUGCGAGGACUGUCGUAAGGGCCACGAGACUACAUGCGAGAGCGUCAUCAUGCACGGAUAUACGAUCGACGGCUCGUUCCAGCAGUGGUGCGUCUCGUACGCGGACCACGUCACGCCGAUCCCGAAGGGCUAUGACAUGGCAGCCGCUGCACCACUACUAUGUGCCGGUGUGACGGUGUACUCGGCGCUCAAGGAGAUCGGAGGUGCUUCAGGUGAGUACGUCGUGAUCCCCGGCGCCGGCGGAGGCUUGGGUCAUCUGGCUUGCCAGUAUGCCCGGUCGAUGGGCUACAAGGUCAUUGCUAUUGACUCGGGCGACGAUAAGCGUAAGCUCCUGGAGGGCUACGGUGUCAAGCAUUUCAUCGACUUCAAGGACGGCGACGUGGUCGGACAGGUCAAGGCGAUCACGGGACGCGGAGCUCAUUGCGCGUGUGUGGUGGCCGACACAGAGUCUUCGUGCCAGGACGCACUGCAGUACAUUCGUCGGCACGGCACCGUGCUGAUGGUGGGCGUGCCCAAGGGCGGUUUGCUGCCGGUGCCGAUUGAGCCGACAGUGGCGUUCACACACCGCAUCAUUGGUACCAAUGUGGGCAACCGUCAGGACUCCAUCGAGACGGUCAAUCUCGCUGCCGACGGAGCCGUGGAGACCUUCUACAACGUUGAGCCACUCACGAACUUGCCCGACGUGUUCAAGCGGAUGAAGGCUGGUACGUUGUUCGGCCGCACCGUGCUGGACUGCGAGUAG